AUUUAUGCAGCUAAAGGUAUGAGGGCGUAUACAUUGGCAGCUGCAGAGCGCAUGAAAUUCCUGAGAAGACUUGAUGCCAAGGAACACAGAGGAAAGACUCCUCUGCUGGUGGCUGUCACUGCCAGGCAGCCAGCUAUUGUCUAUGAUCUGAUCCAGACAGGAGCAGAUGUCAAUGCUGUAGACAACAAAGGGCAGUCAGCUUUACAUCUUGCUGCAACAUACGGGUAUGCCCAGGUUCUUCAGGUUAUACUGUCACUAGGUUUCCCUCUUGAUUUAGAAAUGAAGGAUUUUGAAGGCCAUACCCCACUUCACUGUGCUGUUCUGGCCCACAACGUCCUGCUCCGGGAGCAGGGUUGCCAGGCGUUGACGGAGGAGCAGCAGAAAGAUCUUCGGCACCAGAGCGAGGAGCUGGAGUCCUGUAUCCACCUUCUGGUGCAGACAGGAGCCUCCAUUUACAGCCGGGAUGUGAAAAGCAACAAGACAGUUCUUCAUUAUGCAGUCCAGGAUGGGAACAUCUCCCUGCUCAGAUACUUUUUGGAGCUGAAUGCUUUCAAGUCCAAGGACUUUGUCAACAACAAGGCACAUGGCAACACAGCUUUGCAUAUGGCAGCUGCACUGCCUCAUGGCAAGAACCAGAAAGAAAUCAUCCAGUUGCUCCUUGACCACGGGGCAGACCCGAGCAUCCGAAACUUAGACAAUGAUCAACCAAUCCAUAUGGCUCCUUCUGGAAAAGCUGGGGAUCAGGUUAGGCAUUUGCUGAAGAAAGGGAAAGUUGUAUCUGCAUUCAUUUCCUGUCGCCAAAAUGCCAGAUCCUAGGUUGCCUGCAAUUUCUGGAAUGGCUUCAACUUCAGCUUGCUGAUUGCACAAGGCCUCUUAGAAAACUUGACUGAACAAUAAGAUGAAGGGCAGAUGUCUUAAAUCACUGCAGUAACUUCCUUGAUCACCCAGUGACUAAUUCAAUUGGAUGAGGCUUUCUACAGCACUUGUCAGUUUUGAAGACCUGGACUGUUUAAACAACUGUUCAGCAGACUUGAACAAAAGUGCUUAAGAAAUGUAGAGAUCUUCUCGACUUUCUCAGCCCUCCUCUCUGCUGUUUUGCUACUGCUUCUCACUACACCAUAUCUACAAAUCUGCCAACAUCCACUGACAAAAAAGCAGACAUGUAUUUGCAUGUGUUUGCAUAAAUUUGCCUGUAUCUGGGCAUAGGCCAGUAGAAACAUGUGCUUUCUUACUUUGAAGGGAUGCUAUAACAAACUCUGAAUUGAGUGAUAACUGUGUUGGUGAGUUAGUACUGUGUGUCAAGACAAAAUGGUCAAUGAAAUAUCAAUUUCUUGAACUUGCUGGCAACAAAACUGUAAAACUGUGACCAGCGUUGGGCAUGUGAUACACUAGGGAAAAUGUAAAAAGCUUUUUGCCACCUAGAAAUGUCUAUGAGAUGACAGAAGUCCUUCUGCAGCAAGUGAAAAAGUACAUGAGCUGUCUUCUAGAGUGGCUUAUCUCUUUAUUGUUUCAUCUGCCUGCUGUUGGAUGUUUAAUACAGAGCAAUGCCAUCAGUGACUUGUAGUCUGUAAACAUCACCAUCUCCAGAAUAUCAUGGAAAAUAUCAGUCUGAGGUGGGAUGGAUGUGGCUUCAUUCAAAGCAUCACCCUGACAGCCUGUGUUACUCAGAGUUGAUAGAUGAGAUUAGCAGAGGGAGGAACCCAUGAGCGACCCAGGAAGAGUUUAUUCUCUCCACAGGCACAUCUGUGUUCAGCUUCCCAGAGCUCAUACAUUAGAGGCCUGCUCUGAAGCCAGCCACAAUCAACAAGCUGUUCAUAUUGUCUUUGGACUGUAUCCACGAGACAGGUGGAGGCUGCUGCUUCCCCAUGCAUGCAAAGCACCUUUCCCUGUCAAGCCAGCCAGUUCCUGGCCCUCUGUAUCAAGAAAAUUCCUUUUAAGGCUCAAAGGUGGCCUGAGUCUGUGCUGGGGUGAAUUUAAUUGAUUGGAGUAGUAUCUUAGUUCACAGUUAACCCCUCAAUUUUUUAUGACUGUUUCAGGGGAAAUGUACUUUUUAUUACCUUAGCAGUACUGGCAGUAUGUGAUACCACUUUAUUUGUACAGUUUAUCUCUUCCUACCUGUGGCUUUGGAUAAGCUACUAAUAACAAAGGCUUGUUAUCACCAGCCAAAUGUUCUGAAGUGGCACCACAGAAAAGUCGCCAGUCGGUUGGCAAGGAAAACUUUUUGAUCAAAUACUCUGUGCAAGUGGUAAAGAACCUGAAAAUAAGAAGCUUUUAUUUUCUCUAUAACUGUGGAUUACUUCUGGAGUUAUUCACGGCUUUUGUAAGAACGGGGUGAUCCUCACUUUUGUGUAAACACGUGUUUAUAUAGGUUGGCAGAACUUCACCUGGCAGGGACUGAUGAAAUGCCAGUGUUUUAGUAGUGCUGUGCCAGCUCUGUUGGAGAUAUGACUCAAGCUACUUACUACUUUCUUUUAAAACCUUUUCUUUUUUUUUUUUUUUUUUUUUUUUUUUUGAAGGGGGGUGUGUGGAAAUAAAAGGAGAAAAGAAUAUGUUCCUUAUAUCCAGAAAAUGCGCAACCUUUGAAUAGUCCUUCUCUGUUGUUUUUUUUUCCUUGGGUCAACAAGUCAACAUUGUGUCAACACUCAGCAAGCUUUUACUUGCAUUGCAUAUGUCACCUGGAGCUAUUGACAUGGAGUUGGGGAACAGUGUCUAAAAUAUGUUUCUAUUCCCUAGCAUGAGGGAUUGCAAAACAACAGGAGAAAGAGAAGCAGAGAAAUAGGAAGAGGCUGUAAGGGAUGGAGGACAGCACUACUUACUUAAUGGAAGCUGUUAAGAGUCCAGAGACGCCAGUGCAUAUCAACGUUUUGCUGGAAAUAUCCUUGUCCCAGCAGAGCAGUUGAUAAUUUCAGAGCAGCUGGUCCCAUGCAGCAUGAGACCAAUAGCUGUUAAAUAUCUGCCAUCUUUAAUAACACACCGCAUGCUCCCAUCUCAGGACCUCAGCCGCCUGCGAGACGUGGAAGUAUAGAAGCUGAGGGAUGAGACCAGUGCAGCCUUUCAAGAGACAGCUUCCCCCACUGGAGAAGUGCUUUUUUGGCCUGGGUCAGGCAACACACAAGGAGCAGGAAUAAGAAUGGGAAGUAGGGUGAUUCGUAGUGCUCAUGCUCACACUGCCAUUCCCAAGUCAUCAUGCCUAACCAGCAGCCGUACGUUCAAUGAUGGGCACAACCUCUCCACUGCACACCACAGUCUUUGCACAGAGCAGUCCUCUUCGGACGUGCAGUGUCACCACAGAUAGUUUGUACAGAUCUGUGCCACAAUAUAAUGAAUGUGCAACCUGCUGAUAAUGUAUUAGAUUUAGAUAUCUGUCUGAUGUGGAGGUGAGAGAUACGUUGUUAGACUGUAACACUUCACUUGACUUCCUUGCUGGCACUGUUGUGUACACUGGGAUACUAUUAACCUUGCUGUAGGAUGUGUUAAAAUGAAUGUUCUCCUUGUUGAAUGCUUU